CUAGCAUAACUAUGGCUCGAUGGCAUGAUGGUUUGAACCUCAACUUGCUCAAAUUUCGUUCAAACCAUCAUGUUAUCUACCCGAGUUAUCGCAGCAUACACAGGGAGUUAAGAUGUUCUUUCGUGUUGGUCACGUGAUGUAUACACUAUGUAUAUACUGUAUUAAUAAGAAAUUGUUUUUAAUUAUUAUAGCAAAAGUACUUUAAUUUAAGGUCUUAUCUUUCAUGAAUUAUUGAUAUACUGUAUUGGAUGGAUGUUUGGAAUUGGCUGAAAUCUGAGAAAAAAACAAAAUUUCUGUAAAAAUAAAUGAACAAGUAUGACGAGAACUAAUUCUUUCCCUGCAAAUCCCCAAUAUAUAAAUCCCCUCAAAAUUUAUUGUAGCCAUAAAACUUUGACUCUCCUGAUUUAAAAAAAUAAAAAGCUCCUCCACUAUCUUUUCUUUUAACAUGCGCGUCUGAGGGCGUCGUUCUUACCCUGGGCGCGCUCGGAAAUGACGUCACGCCCAGCCAACAAAAACGUGGAGCCGUGAAGGACGCCGGAGUCCGACUCCAGUCCAGCUCACUCGGCGGCGGAGCUCCGCUAGAGGAAGAGGGAUGAAGCAGACGGCGACAAUCGACAUCGGCGAAACUUUUCCCAAAUUGACGCAAAUUCAUCGUUUACGCGACUAAGCGGAGGACUCGACGUGCUUUGGAUGGACUCAAGAUGACUUGAUGAAAAGUUUGGCGAGUUCCGAAGCCCACCAUCACCUCCAACAUCAUCAACACCACCCGCAAGCAGCCUCGCCGGGAUGGUGCGCCUGCUGAACUGCCUCUUGCUCGGAUACCUCACGUGGAAUGUGCGGAUCUCAGACGCGCAAGGGGAGUAUUGUCACGGCUGGCUGGACGCCAGCGGCAACUAUCACGACGGCUUCCAAUGUCCGGAGGACUUCGACACGGCCGACGCCACCGUGUGCUGCGGCUCGUGCGCGCUGCGCUACUGUUGCGCCGCCGCGGACGCGCGCCUGGAGCAGGACAGUUGCACCAACGACCGUCCGGCCGCCGACGACACCGAGUAUGCAGCGCGUACGUAUCAAUGCAGAGGGGCUGACAACAUGCAUGCAGAGCCCGUCUACAUGCCUUUCCUCAUGGUGGGCAGCAUGUUCGUGGCCUUCGUGGUGGCGGGCUCCCUGGUGGCCGUCUACUGCUGCACCUGCCUGCGGCCCAAGCAGCCCGCCCAACAGCCCAUCCGCUUCUCGCUGCGCAGCUGCCAGGGCGAGACCAUCCCUAUGAUCCUGACGGCCGCGCCGCCCAGCCUCCGCACCCCGUCGAGGCAGUCCAGCACGGCCACCACCAGCUCCAGCUCGGCGGGGGGCGGCAGCUCCAUGCGGAGGUUCUCCAUCGGGGGGCAACAGCAGCACGGUUGCCUGGUGUCGGCCGCCGUCUCCACCCCGGCCUCCACUCCGACUCAAACCCAUCAGACUUUGCCCCCGCCUCUGCCGCCGCCCUACACGUCCCCCCCAGCGACGGGGGGCCUGCAUCAUGCUCACGCGCAGCUGCCCCUCCAGCAGCCCUCGCAGGGCACUGCCUUCAUCCUCCCGCAGCAGUACUUCUUCCCCCUGCAGCCCGACGCGUUCGCUUCGGCUAAGGGAUUCGCAGACUUUGGCCAGAGUUGACAAGUGCUGCUGCCAGACUGGAUUUGUUUGGAGAGGCUUCUGCCUAUCAGGAUGAGCCACCAAUGCACUUUUUCUGUUGUAUAAUGUACAUAGACACCAUGACGGUUUUAUUCGGGCUGUUAUUUUCACAAUAAACAAAUAAUCUGGGUCACUAAGGCAGAUGAUGUGGUGCUUGAGAAAAGGUUCUGGAUCAGGAAAAAAGCAGUACAGUACCAACUCAUGGGGAGAGGCAUGCCAGUAAAACAAAAUGCGAAACCAAUUACUCCUCCCUACAAUUGAAAGCUCUGAUAAGAUAAAUCUGAAUUCCUUGAAUGAAGGUUUGUUUUUUUGUUUUGUUUUUUUUGUCUAAGCAAAAGGUGUUUUACAAGAAUAAAGUCUUUUGUAGAAUA